AUGUGAAAGCAGCCGAAAUUUAGUCUAUCAGGAUCUUCUCUGGUCUGUGCUGGUCCUGAUCAUGGGUUUUUCUCUCUACCUCCUGAUUCUACUUUCUCUCCUCUCUCAGUCCACAGCUCAGUGGUGUUACCAGAGCCAGUACUCCUGUGAUGACACGUGCAGAGAUCCCAGCCACUGGGCAGCUCAGUUUCCCAGCUGUGGAGGAUUACGCCAGUCACCGAUUAACAUUGUCACCAGUAAAGUGCACGUCAACAGCGCCCUGCCUCCCUUCAACUUCAUUGGUCACACCGACACAAUCAACAUUACAGUGGAAAACAAAGGACACUCUGCUCACUUUCACUUACCACAGUCGGUCCGACUGACUGGAGGAGCUCUGCCCGGUCACUACAGAGCCGCCCAGUUUCACUUCCACUGGGGAGGGAAUGGGAGACCAGGAUCCGAGCACACCAUCGAUGGAGAGAGAUUCCCCAUGGAGCUGCACAUUGUCCACAUCAAGGAGCCGUACGGUUCUCUGGCAGAGGCAGAACAUGACAUGGCGGGUAUAGCUCUGCUGGCCUUCCUGUUUGAGGAAUCAACAGAGGAUCAUCCUCCUUUGGACACAGUAAUAGCUGCUUUGGGCCGAGUACAAAACAAUGGCAGCAGCACAGUGAUCCCAAACUUUCGACUCAGUGACAUUAUCCCAUCUUCAAAGGACCUCCACAGUUACUACCGCUAUGUGGGCUCCAUGACAACCCCAGGAUGUGAACAGGCAGUUGCCUGGACGGUGUUUCACAGGACCCUGGCCAUCAGCAGCCGACAGCUGGAUGCAAUAGUUAAGCAGUGUCAGUUCUGGACUGGACAGCCCAUGAUCGACAUCUUCAGACCCACGCAGCCUCUGGAUGGCAGAGUCGUGUACCGCUCCAAGGCCAGUGCAGCUCUGACGAGUGUGAUCCACUUGUGGUUCGGCGUUUUCUCAGCUGUGCUCGGUACAACGGGUUUGAUGCACUGACUCGACACACGAAAACACCUGAUUUAAGUGGCAAAAGCUACUAUAUGUGCAAAGGCAACUUUUUACCUGUGUGCUAGUAAAACAACCAACUGUUCAUUAUGUUUGGGUUCAGGUUAACAUCCUGCAGCAUGCAAGAGCUAGGAAGCUUUACCUCAACAGCCUCACACCUUAUUUUUUGGCAUCUUUAAGGGUCAAUAUUUUUUAUUCUUUACAUUACUUUACAACUUUAAUCUUUAACCUUUUCAAUAAGACACAGGAGUGAUGGAUAGAAAUGUAGAAUUAGGAGUUCACAAUAGGAUUUUUUUCUUUCUUAUGGCUGCGUAUAAGCUUAGGGACUUUCCUUACACAUUAACUGUUAUUCUGCUAUUUCCUCCUAACUUGUCAUGUAUAUUGUUCCCUGUAAUGUUCGGAUGAUUUAACGUAGAAGAAAGAUUAGACGAUACGAUUUUUCCUAAAUCAAUUGUACACUUGUUUGUACAGUACAUUGUAUGAUUUAUGUUCUGAAUGUACAUAAAUACCUGUGAUGCUCUGCCAGAGAAACAACCUCUUCCUCUCUUUAAGUGCUUCAUGCAUUGCUUUGUAUAUAAUCAACAUUCAUGAGAUUAAAACUGGGGAGAAAUUUCCUAUAAAAACCAAUAAAUGGACAGUACAACCCAGUGAAUCUAUCUGAACCCUUGUAGGAUUGCAAAUGAGCCUUAAUUAACUUCACGUUGGGAAAGCACUGACUGAGCUUAUCAGGGAUGACACCAAUCAUUGAUUUCAUGUUAGCAAAUCAGAAACUGAUCUCUGAUUGUUUCUGUUUGUUGAGCCUGAUUACAGAAGGUUUCUGUACAGAUGUCCUAACAAAGCCUGCACAUUUGCCUCAAACUUUCCUCCAAAAUUGUCUAUAGAAAUAAAUUUGCCUUGUCUUGC